CCCCUAAUUUCCGAGGUGACAUAAUAAUUUGCAUGUGAACUUGUUCUAUCUCACCACCCACCAAUUUAAUAUUAUGAUCUUCAUUUCUAUGGUUGCCUUAUUUUUAAUGCCGUGCCUCUCUUUGUCAUCAAUUUUUACUUCUCAACUCUCUUCUCCCAAUUCUCUGCCUUCUUUGCAACCCAAUGACCUUCAAAACGUAAAAAAACUUCAACUACUAAAGAUUGAGCUUAUCCCCAUCCUCAUUCGUUUGUUGAUAGAAGGAGAAAGCAUAUAUGCCAGGGAAUACAUACAAUGGUGAUUCAAAUCAUAUACCGGGGCGUGUAGAAAGGCUAUUAAGAGAGAGAGAACUGAGGAAAAGUGGAAGAGAAAACAAUGGAAGUGAAGUUGUAUAUUUGGAGAAGGAGGAGAAGAAUAAUGUAUCAUCAUUAUUAAGAAGUGGUGAGAGGCAAGAAGAUGUUGUUGGAAAAGGAGAAGGUUGUUAUAAUAGCAAUAAUAAUAAUAGACAGAGGCUUUUGGUUGUUGCAAAUAGGUUGCCCGUGUCGGCAAUUAGGAAAGGUGAAGAUUCGUGGUCUUUGGAGAUUAGCGCAGGUGGCCUCGUAAGUGCUCUCUUAGGGGUGAAGGAGUUUGAGGCAAGGUGGAUAGGUUGGGCUGGUGUGAAUGUUCCAGAUGAGAUUGGACAGAAGGCACUCACUGUAGCAUUAGCCGAAAAGAGGUGUAUACCAGUAUUUCUAGAUGAAGAUAUUGUUCAUCAAUAUUACAAUGGCUAUUGCAACAACAUCUUGUGGCCCCUUUUCCACUACCUUGGACUUCCACAAGAAGACCGUCUUGCUACAACACGUAGUUUUCAGUCACAGUUUUUGGCCUAUGAGAAAGCAAAUCAAAUGUUUGCUGAUGUAGUAAACCAACACUAUGAAGAGGGUGAUGUUGUUUGGUGCCAUGAUUACCAUCUUAUGUUUCUUCCAAAAUGCUUAAAGAAAUAUAACACCAAAAUGAAAGUUGGCUGGUUUCUCCACACCCCAUUUCCUUCUUCUGAAAUUCAUAGGACUCUGCCGUCUCGUUCCGAGCUCUUGCAUUCGGUUCUUGCAGCUGAUUUAGUUGGUUUUCACACCUAUGAUUAUGCAAGACAUUUUGUUAGUGCCUGUACUCGCAUCCUUGGACUUGAAGGUACACCUUAUGGGGUUGAGUAUCAAGGGAAGCUAACUCGAGUUGCCGCAUUUCCAAUUGGUAUAGACUCGGAACGAUUUAUACGGGCACUGGACCUUCCUCCAGUGCAGGAUCAUAUCAAAGAAUUGCAAGAAAGAUUCAAAGGCAGAAAGGUGAUGUUAGGUGUUGAUCGUCUUGAUAUGAUUAAAGGAAUUCCUCAGAAAAUUCUAGCAUUUGAAAAGUUUUUGGAAGAAAAUGCUUAUUGGCGCGACAAAGUAGUAUUGCUUCAAAUCGCCGUCCCAACAAGAACCGAUGUUCCUGAAUAUCAAAAGCUUACAAGUCAGGUUCAUGAAAUUGUUGGUCGCAUCAAUGGUAGAUUUGGAUCAUUGACUACUGUUCCUAUACAUCACCUGGAUCGUUCUCUUGACUUUCAUGAACUAUGUGCUUUGUAUGCAGUUACUGAUGUAGCGCUAGUCACAUCUUUAAGAGAUGGAAUGAAUCUUGUCAGCUAUGAAUUUGUGGCGUGCCAGGAGAAAAAGAAAGGGGUUCUCAUUCUUAGUGAAUUUGCUGGUGCAGCCCAGUCUCUUGGUGCUGGGGCGAUUCUUGUCAACCCCUGGAAUGUUACAGAAGUUGCUACUGCAAUUGCCAGGGCUUUGAAUAUGCUACCUGCGGAAAGAGAAAAGAGACAUAAGCAUAAUUUUCUUCAUGUCAAAUCCCACACUGCACAAGAAUGGGCAGGAACUUUUGUAAGCGAACUAAAUGAUACUGUUAUUGAGGCACAACUAAGAACAAGACAAGUUCCACCUCCGCUUCCAACGGAGAUUGCGGUUAAUCGUUAUUUGCAGUCAACUAAUCGAUUGCUCAUUUUGGGAUUCAAUGGAACUUUAACUGAACCAGUUGAGAAAACAGGUGAUCAGAUUAAAGAAAUGGAACUUAAGGUGCAUCCAAAAUUGAGACAACCAUUAAAAGCACUUUGCAGUGAUCCAAAUACCACAGUAGUUGUGCUUAGUGGAAGUGGUAGAAAAGUCCUAGAUGAUAACUUCAAAGAAUAUGACAUGUGGUUGGCAGCAGAAAAUGGAAUGUUUUUACACCCUUCAAAGGGUGAAUGGAUGACAACAAUGCCGGAGCAUCUGAAUAUGGAAUGGGUGGACAGUGUGAAGCAUGUUUUUGAGUACUUCACGGAAAGAACACCUCGUUCACAUUUUGAUUUUGAAGAGAGGGAAACUUCACUUUUAUGGAAUUACAAAUAUGCAGAUGUUGAGUUUGGAAAACUUCAAGCAAGAGAUAUGCUGCAACAUCUCUGGACAGGUCCGAUUUCUAAUUCGUCGGUUGAAGUUGUUCAAGGGAGUCGAUCUGUUGAGGUUAGAGCUGUUGGUGUUACAAAGGGAGCAGCUAUUGACCGAAUCCUGGGUGAGAUAGUUCAUAGUAAAUCCAUGACAUCGCCAAUUGAUUACGUUCUUUGUAUAGGACAUUUUCUUGGGAAGGAUGAAGAUCUGUAUACUUUUUUUGAGCCAGAUCUUCCAUAUAUUGGUGUGGGUCUUCCAAGAAGUAAGGUAACAACAGAAGCAGUAAAGUUUCCUGUCGAGAAGAAACCGAUUAUGAAGACCCCUUCAGCUAGUAGUAAAAAUGGACCUAAAUCAUCUCAAAAUAAGGCGCAGAAGCCGGUCUCAAAUUCUGCUCCAGAAAAAGAAUCAUGGAACGUUCUUGAUCUUAAGAAAGAUAAUUACUUCUCAUGUGCUGUUGGCCGAACUCGAACAAAUGCUCGGUAUACCCUUGCCUCGCCCGAUCAUGUUGUUGAGUUUUUGAUGGAACUAGCUGAUGCACAAUCUUUAUCAUCGGGUUAAAUAUAUUUUUAGUCUCUAUAAAAUUGAUAAAUUUUUAUUUGUAUUUAUACAAACGAUUUAUUUGUUUUUAAUCCCUAUAUAUUUAUAUAAAUUGUGUGCUUUUAGUCCUUGAUAAGAGAUUAAUGAGUGAUGUGGACUAAAACCACACUGUUGUUAAAUGCAGGGAUUGAAAACAAAUAAAAGUCGUAUAGGAACUAAAAUAAAAUUUUGUCAAUUUUGAGAUAAAAAUGUAUUUAACUCUAAAAUAUUAAUGCUUCUAUAUUUUGGCACUGGAUGUAUAUCAGAAUUUGGCAUUCCAUUUAUACAUGCACCACUAAAGUGUUUUAACUUUUACCAUGAAAAAUGGGUUGACAAGAAUAAAUAUGUCAAAGUUAAAAGGAAAUGACAGAACAUGGAUCUACUCUAAUUAGAAGAUAAAAA